UAAGUUUUGUGUUUUACGUCAUUCACAAGUAUUGGAAUCUCAGGCAUGUUACUUUUGCUAUUUAUUACAAAUUUUAUGAAUAAACAUUCUGCUUUGCAAUGAGAUGGAGGGAUCGAGCACUAAAGAGUCCCUUAGCUGCGCUGGGUGCUUGAAUGACAUAGGAGAGGAUGAAUAUGUGUCAACACUUAACCAAGACUGGCAUAAAGACUGCUUCUGUUGCUCAGUAUGCGACGCCCAGCUGUCCACGUGGUACUUCGAGAAGGCGGGCCUCCUGUUCUGCCAGAACGACUACUGGGCGCGCUACGGCGAGAGCUGCCAGCAAUGUACACAGGUGAUAACUGGCCCGGUGAUGUCGGCGGGCGAGCACCGCUUCCACCCGGAGUGCUUCGCGUGCGUGGCGUGCGGUGCGCACAUCGAGGACGGCGAGCCAUACGCGUUGCUCGAGCGGACCAAGCUAUACUGCGGGCCGUGUUACCAGCAGGGCGGGCGGGGAGUGUCCCACUCCAUCCGCGUGGUGGAGGUCCCGCCCGCCGCCGUCAGCGUGCAGCACUGCCCGCCCGCCUCGCUCACCGUCAAAGAAAUAGACUCGUCCUGCGGCUUGCUGACGCUGCACAUCGGAGACAAGAUCCUGGAGAUAAACGGCACUCCCGUCAAGAACCGGCCGCUGGAGGAGAUCGAGAGGGUGCUCACCAGACCUGAUGCUGUCAUACAGUUAACAAUCGAACACAGUCCAGAAACAAACACGAAACGCUCACAAGCAAACACGACGACACACGCACACACACAGACACAGGAAGACAACACCAAACAGGAGCGAUCACCUGUCGAGCGCAAAAUAUUAACCAAAGAGGACGCGAAGAGGCCGGAGAAGGAGAAGGGAGAGGUGGAAGUGAGGAAGGAGAGGCUGUUCAAGAGGAAGGGGGGAGAGGACGCGGGGAAGUGGGUCACUAAGCGGAGGCAGACGCCCUCCUCCCCGCUGUUGGGGGACAAAGAGAAGAGUAGCAGUAUGUCCAAGUUGCUUGACGCCGUGGACUCGACCCCGAGUGCGGGCGUGUUGUGUGACCUGAGCCGCGCGCGCUCGUUCCGCGCCGAGCCCGCGCCCGGACAGAAGGUGUUCCGCGCCUGCGACCUGCUGCAGGGCGAGCUGCUAGGCUCUGGGUUCUUCGGCGAGGUGUACAAGGUGACUCACCGCGACACCAACGAGGUGAUGGUGCUCAAGCAGCUGUACCGAGUCGACGAGGACGCGCAGAGGAACUUCCUCAAAGAGGUGGCAGUACUGCGGUCCCUGUCGCACCCGAACGUGUUGCGGUUUGUAGGUGUCCUGUACAAAGACAAGCGCCUGCAUCUCGUCACCGAGUACGUGGCCGGGGGCACGCUACACUCGCUACUACAGGACUCUCGCGUGAGCCUGUGCUGGACGGAGCGGGCGCGGCUGGCGCGGGACGUGGCGGCGGGCGUGGGCUACCUGCACCGGAUGAACGUCAUACACAGGGACCUCAACUCACACAACUGUCUCGUCAGAGAGGACAAGACGGUGAUCGUGGCGGACUUCGGGCUGGCGCGCAUCGUGCAGCGCACGGCCAGCAGCUCGCUGGAGCGGCGCCAGACACACAACACGCUGCGCAGGAAGCGGUACACUGUUGUGGGUAACCCGUAUUGGAUGGCGCCGGAGAUGAUGAACGGCAACGUGUACGACGAGAAGGUUGAUGUCUUCUCAUUUGGGAUCAUACUGUGCGAGAUAAUAGGUCGAGUAUCCGCCGACCCGGACUUCCUGCCGCGGCGCUCGGACUUCGGCCUCAACGAGGCGCUGUUCGUGGACAAGUUCUGUCGUGCCGCGGCCUGUCCCGAGCCCUUCUACAGGAUCGCCUUCCUCGCCUGUCACCUCGACCCUGACACCAGGCCACCAUUCGAAGUCAUAGAGAUCUGGUUCGAGAGCCUAGUGAUGUACUUGUCGAAGCCGGGCCCCAUCCCGCCCACGCUGCUGGCGGACGUAGUGCAGUACUCGCGGGGCGCGGGGCGCCGGGCCCGCGGGGACCCCGACCCGGCCGGGCUCAGCAGCGCCGCCAGCGAGCUCAGUGUGCCCGACGCCGGGUUACUUAAGUGCAACUCGCAGGCGGCCCUGCACGUGCCGGAGCGCGGCUGGCGGCUCGGCAAGUGCGUGUCGGCGUCGCAGCUGGCGCGGCCCCCGCGCGCGCAGCCCCCGCGCGCGCUGUCCCGCUCGCAGCACGCGCUGCACGCCGGCUACAUCCUGCACGCCAAGGGGAACACCAUCAACAUCACCAAGGUUGAUGACAUAACCCAAUGGCUGGACCCACCGCCACUCAAGCGCACGAGCCCCGACACGCAUCUGAACAAACUAGAGGAACACACCAACAAGACAAGGAAGAUGGACUCCACGGACGAGUACGACGGGACCCUGCCGCCCUUCCUACGGAACCAGAGCGUCGAGGGUCUGGAGAGCGAGUACAAGCACGAGGUAGAUGUUCCCCUCCCCUUCUGUAGACACAUCAGCAUCCCUAACAGCUCCGCCAUCGAGGACGACGACUCCGACUCCUCAGAUGACGACUCUCCCAUUGGCGAGUGGCACAAGAACGUCAAGAUCUUCGACAAGAUGGACGUCGACCCGAAACAUGUGAUAGCGACCAUUGUGAAGAAAGGAGAGAACCUACUGGCGAGGAAGUCCAGCUAUGACGUCACGGGCGUGGUGCUCAGGAACCCCGAAUGCCUGACACACGAGAGGAAGAUACCUGAAGUAGACUGCAGGAGGUAUAACAUAGACUUUCUAACGCAGAGCCCGCUCAUGGCUGAGGGCGUCAAAAACAUCGGGAAGAACCUCGAAAAGGAGAAACCACAAGAAAAGACAGGCUUCUUCCACAAGAAACUGCUAUCACCAAAAUUCAGUCGACUCUUCAAACCUAACACAACAGAAGUCGUGAGAAAUAAUAAAGAAACUGAAGAUAAAGACAAAUCUAGGAGUAAGUUCUUCGUCCAAAGACCCGCCUCGCCUAGCAACAUGGGCCGGUCGUACAGGAUCCGACCUGUAGAUACAGACAAACCGGUCUACAACAAUGACGUCAUCAAGUCAGACAUCAAGCUAGCCAACAUGGGGAAGCCGAUGACCCCGGUCUUCCGGAGACAUCUGGGAGAGAAGCCGGACUUCGCGGACGGCAGGUUCAGCUACAGAGACCGCAGGUCCAAGUACGACACAAAGACAAACGAAGAUCCAAAAUUCAUAGACUUAGGACGAAAUAGGAUUAAGACCCCAGUUAGCUCCGUAGAGAAAGUCACAAAGUUAACGCCUCUAGUGCGCAGUUCACAGAUCAGUAAUAUAGCGGCUUUAGCCACUGUGCCGGAGAAGAAACUCGAUGAUAAAGAUAAGAAGGUGAGUGACAAGCCCGUCGUGCCCAAGCGCCGGGAGCCGGGCAUAUCCCGGAGUAACUACGUUAGUCUUGCUAAUCUAAAGAUCGGGAAAGGUAAAGUGAAUGAAGAGUGCAGGCAGAGCGCGCCCGAGCCGCCCGUGGAACGAGUUAUUUGAAUUAGUUGGCUAUUGGUCUGUACGUAUUGGUCAGAUCGUUUUACUGUUUUUUUUAAACGACUCCCACUCUAAGGAAUUUGAUUCUUGUAUCGCAGAGGUUUAACAAACAUUCAAAUUACGCUCACAAGGAUACCCAGACUCGGAACAAGCAUUCGUGGAUCACACAAUUGCUUGUCCUACGUGGGGAGCGAACCUUCGACACUCGGUGAAGUCAUGUUUUAAUGUGUGUUACAUUGCUAGUUCUUUACCGUUGGCCGUUAAGUGUUCUUUGUAGACCAGCAAUGUAUAUCAAACUCCAAUUAUAUUUCGUUAACAAAUUCUUAACCAUUCCUCAGUAAAAAUAAUAGUGGUACUGUCUUACUCGUACCCUUAAGAAUAUCAAUGAGAUGGAAAGAGAUAGCUGUAUUAUCUGACCAGUACGUAUAACUUAGCCAACGUAUAUUAUUCUCAUUAUUCUUGCCACGUUACACUAGUUAUACAAUUGUUGAUUCGUUGUAUUUACCGCGAAUGCUGUCGUUACUGACUCGUGGCCGCUUGGACGAGACAUGGCGAGUGUGAGAAAGCUUUGCUGAAUAAUGUGCUCUGUCCAAAUGUGACAAAUCAUUUUCAGUUUUAGUAAUCAUUUGAGACACUUUUUUAUACUUUUGCAGUCUCCAAUUUUCGUUUUCCUUUUGAUAAUGGUCUUUAAAUAAUGUUCUUAACUCUUAAUUUCAUUUGAAGCUUUAAACAGAAACAGACAAACAAACAGCAUAUAUGUAUUAUUAUUGUGUAAAUAUUUAUAUAAAUACAUUUUACCAUGUGGUAAAAGCAAUAAAUAAUUAUAUUGCAAUAAUUGUAUUUAAAGUUAAUAUGUUUUAUGGCAACAAAAUAGUUAAUUGUGUAUGUAUUACCAGUUGUAAUUCGGCAUCUCGUUUUGCUUGAUAACAAUAAAAUUAUAAAUACCCGCGUGGAAGCGCGACGGCGAAUUACAUUGCGUGUAGUGCCGUCUCGCUUCCACUACGGCCACAAUAGCUAUCAUUUUUGUUAGAAAACUAUACUGCAUUCGCUUAGGUACUUAUUUUAAAGGUACACUCUUAAAAUAGAGAAUCUAAAUCUCGGUGUGUCGUUUUAUACAAACUCAAAUUAAAUAAAUAAACGACUGAUUUAUUUUAUAUUUUUGACUAGAAAAUACACCUGAACUUAUAAAUGAAUGGUAUGCUCAUAGAAACGACUUUGUUGUGGCAGUGCCUUCCAAUAAGACUGCGUUUAUGACAUUUUACACACGAAUUAAACAAUAUUGUGAAAACGUACUGAAUAAGAUCCCAAGACAUGUGAUAUGGUUGUCUGUACUAAAUAGAGCUUUUAUUCAGUUCAAUUGUUUAAUUCAUUUUUAUUCUAUAUUUUCUAAAUUGGUGAGAAUGUUUUAUUAAAGUAGGACCUAGCGUUUUUUGUCGUCACUAGUUAUUACAACAUGAAAUGAGACUCAGACGCAAUUAAAGUUCAUCAAAUGACCAAGCCACAAACAUACUUUUCACAAUAUUGUUCAAUUUAAAGUAGAUUUGAUAUGCAUUCCAAUAUUUGUAAAUCCCUGCUUUUUAUAUUCCAUACAAAUUAGAAAUUUCAGAAUCGUUUUGACAAUUGAAAAUUAAGGAAAGAUCUAGUUUCAAACAAUCUUGAUAUUUGCAAACUAUAUUUAAGAUGUAAGUGUGACUCAGUAUUUAGCUUUCGUAUAGUGUCAAUUAGUGAAAGUUUUCAAGUUUUCUACGAGAUGGCGCUGUUAUAUAUUAAUGUUUAAAAUAAAUGUAUUACUAAUGAAUUUAUAGUUAGCAACUAUGAUUGAAUCUCGAGCUCUCAGAGCGGAAUAUGCAGGAAUUUGUUCAUAUUUGAACUAUGAUUAUUGCAAAAUGACGGUAGGAGUGAAAAAAAUAUCGACAAGAUUGACUCAAGUCAACUUUUCGUAACAUGACCACAAAAUGUCAUUAGAUAAGGCUUUUUAUGCAAUUAAGACAAAAAUAAUACACAAAUAUUAUAUAAUUUGUCUCAAUAUUGAUAUAACAAGCAAUUGGAAUUAAAUACUUAAACAUAAACAGUAUUCGCUUGAUAUACUUAAAUAUGAACCUUAGCUUCGAAUCUUUAAGAUUCAAUUUACAGUUUUCCGCUUCACGCAUUUGUUAUAGUGUCUUAAGCAGAUAUACGGAAAUAUACACAAGUUGUUUUCUAUUGUAGUUAUAAUUGUAAUGUUUUCUAUUACCGUAAUAGAAAUGUUUGUUUAAAUUAUACACUUUGGGGCGUGGAUAGAGAAAUAUCAAAUAUGUAAUACAACAAUUUUGAAAUUUAAUAUAACUCUGGUGUAUGGCGGAACAAAUGACCAAAUAAAAUAAAAAUUGUUUGAUUGUUAAAGUAUUUGUCUAUCCAUUGCCUUUUGAGAAUUAAAAUAGUAAAAUCCAAAUAUCAUUCUGUCCAGAAAGUCCAAGAAAAUAACAAAAAAUAUAUAAAUGUUAUAUCACAAUCUAAAUCUGUGCCAUUUAUAUAGUAAGGUACGGUCAGCAAAACUUGACAAACGCAUCUAACGAGAGAGAAAUUAUUAAAACAAUGUAUUGUCAAACACCUCCACGGAUUGUUUUAAAACAAACCUAAGGCUCUUUACACGCGAGGCAACAUAAACUUACACCACUUUCUUCUAUAAGUAACUAUUGCCAUACUAAUGACAUUUUCAACGACUUCAACCGAACAAAGUUCUCAAUUCUACAGUUUUUUUCCUAUGUUUGUUAGCUCAGAACUUCGGACUGUAUAAACUGAUUUUUUAUUACUUUUUCUUGUUGCGUAAAAUAGCUAUCAUUUGGUCCCAU